AUGAGGAGGAGAAAUACUGCUACAUAUGAGAAUUCGAAAAAGAGGAUAUCAAGUGGAAAACUUGGAAGGUUUCUCAAAGAACAGAGAGGAAGGCUUUACAUAAUGAGAAGAUGUAUAAUCAUUCUAAUUUGUUGGCACGACUAGCAACUUCGAAAUUGUGCAUUCUGAGUUUAAAAUGUAGUAGGUUUUAACAUAUAUUCCUUUUCUUUUUUGUUUUACAUCAUCGGUAUUAGAAAUUUAUUGAUCCAACUAAUCUAAAUUCACGUUGUAUAGGUUUCACAAUAAAUGAAACGUACCCUAUAUAAAAUUUCACGAUUCUAAUUAGGCACAAACUUGAGAUUUCUUAUUUUUUAGCGUUAUUUAUACUCACUAAUUUAUAAUUGCAAGCAUUGUCAGAUAUUCA